UAAUAUCACAACAACCUACAACUUUCUUUCUUUAAAAAAUAUGGCAGAAACAAUUGUCUCUGUUAUUGCUGAGAAACUCUUGAGUGAGGUGAUGUCCCUUACUUCCAAUGAAGUCUCCUUGGGAUGGGGUGUCAAGAAUAAUGUACAAGAACUCGCUGGCACCUUAACCACUAUCAAAGUUGUUCUCUUAGAUGCUGAGGAGAAACAAACCCAAAAUGAGAAGCUGAGAGUUUGGCUGGAAAAGCUUAAGGAGGUUUGCUAUGAUGUUGAAGAUGUUUUGGAUGAAAUUGAGGUGAAAGAUUUGUGUAAGCAAGUGAUGAAUGGUCAAAGCAUUUCAAGAAAGGUAUGCCACUUCUUUUCAUCUUCAAAUCCAAUCAUUUUCUGUUUCAGGUUGGGCCAUAAAAUUAAGGAGAUUAACAAAAGGUUGGCAAAAAUAGCUACUGAAAAGGAUAAUUUUAAUCUCACUGAGAAAAUUUAUAGUAAUAAUAUUUUAGGUUGGGAGAGAGAAACCCACUCUUUUGUGCGUGCUUCAGAUGUUAUUGGUAGAGAUAAAGACAAAGAAGAGGUUAUGAAAAUUUUAUUAUGUCCAAGCGAUGGUCAUGAAAAUGUUUCUGUUAUUUCUAUUGUUGGAAUUGGAGGUUUAGGAAAAACCACACUUGCUAAAUUGGUGUAUAAUGAUGAAAAAGUAAGUGAUUAUUUUAAGUUGAAAAUGUGGAUUUGUGUGUCGGAUAAAUUUUCUCUAAAAAGGCUUCUGAUUGACAUUAUCAAUUCUGCAAUUGGGCAAAAAUAUAAUCACAUGAGUAUGGACCAAUUGCAAACAAUCCUACGUGAUAUUAUAAGAGAUAAAAAAUAUUUGUUAGUCUUGGAUGAUGUUUGGAAUGAAAACUAUGAGUUGUGGUGUGAUUUGAGAAAUUUACUAAUGGAGUGUGUUAGUGGAAGUAAGAUCAUAGUAACUACACGUAGUGAUUGUGUUGCCUCAAUUAUGGGAUCUAUAUCUACAUACAAGUUAAAAGGUCUUUCUCUUAAUCAAUGUUUGUCAGUGUUUGUUAAAUAUGCAUUUAAAGAAGGUCAAGAAAAACAACAUCCCAACUUUAUAGAGAUUGGAAAAGAAAUUGUAAAAAAAAUGUAAAGGGGUUCCAUUGGCAAUAAGAGCCUUAGGAAGUCUUCUUUAUUCCUCAACUUUUGAACAAGAUUGGAUAAAUGUGAGGGAUACUGAGAUAUGGAAGUUAGAUCAAAAGGAUAAUAGCAUUUUACAUGC